AAUAAUACUAGCACCUUCUUCACAGAGUUGUGAAGAUCAAUCCAAUAAGUUAACACAUGUAAAGUCCUCUGCAAACCUUAAAGUGCCAUAGAAAUGCUAGCUAUGAUGACUAUUCGAUUAUGCCCUUCAAUAAGCACAUUGUAGUGUUCUUCAGAAACAUCCCAGUGGUCCUCAGUAACCCCAGUAAUGCCCCAGUGCUUCCCUGUAAGAGUCUAAUGUCUCCUGGGAUCCACCGGUGACCCCUAUUUACAUCCGAGUGUCUGUCAGUGAUAUUCCAGUGUCCCCCAGUAAUUUGCUUGGGUUGUCUUACUGAAAAGGGGAAGGGGAAAGGGGCGGAGCCCUACAAGAGGUGGGGGUUGGGUCCAAGCUAGGGCAGAGGCCAGAUUGUUCUUCACCCGAGGCCUCCUCUUCCCUGGGGGAGGAGGGGUCUGUGUGCUGUGCUCGUUUUUCUUGUGACGGGUCAGCAUUGGGAUAAAAUAUAAACUAUGUAAAAUAUAGAAAGAGUCUCCUGUGGCCUCUCUUCUGGAGGGCUAGCCUGCUUUUUGGGGAGAGCAGGAGAGGCUAGUUGGGGUUCUGGCACCAGUGGAAUUUUCCCCCACGUUUCUGUGAAGCCCUGGGCUCUGGGGAUUUUCCACAGCCAUCCUGGGGCCGUCCUGGGGUGGAUCAGAAGAAGUGUGGGGCUGGGACGAAGUGACUUCUUACCUCAGCCCUGUAGCAAUCUCAUCCUCUGUCCCUCUGUUCCUCUUGGGCCUUGAGAGCUGGGGAUGUCAGAAAGGAGCAGUGUUGGGAGGUUGAGUACCAAGGUUCCCUUUCCUUCCUCCACUUCUUUGCCUCCAUUGUCCUGUGUUCUAGGAGAGGGAAAUGUCUUAGGGUGAUUAGAGAUCUUAGAGCAGGCCCUUAGCUUCUGGGACUAAUGGAGGGAUGGGAGGAGUGUGGGGUAACUUGAAUUGCAGCUAAGACAGAUCCACGCAUGUGCUGGCAUGUUGCCUCUGGUUUCUAGGACUCAUGGGGCAGCCCCACCCUCUCUUUAACUUGCUUGGCCUUUCCUCACCCUCCCCAUCCAUACAUCCUGGGGCCACUCCUCUAGCUAUGGCCAUGGGGGGCCAGCCCCAGCUUCCCUGUCUCACCUGUCCUGUCCCCUGGACUCCCAGGGCCCCACAGGGCCACAGCCAGGCCUCAGAGGCAGCCCCAGAGCCAGCCGCAGACAUGGGCCAGAGUGAGUCUGAGCUGCCCCAGCCCCCACCCCAGGACGCGGCGCUGACGGACAUGCUACCCAAUAUCAAGCUGCUGGUGGAGGACCCACUGCAGACCAGCCUGGUGAUGGGAAUGAUGAUUGGUGUAGGGGCCGCUGUGCUACUCAUGGCCACCCUCAUCCUCGUGCUGGUCCGGAGGCUGCGUACAAAGAAGGUUCAGGCCCAGGAGACUCCCAAGUAUCGAUUCCGCAAGAGGGACAAGGUCCUUUUCUACGGACGCAAGAUCAUGCGCAAGGUCUCUCAGUCUACCUCCUCCCUGGUGGACACCACGAUCUCCACAGCCUCCCGGCCCCGAAUGAAGAAGAAACUCAAGAUGCUGAACAUUGCCAAGAAGAUCCUUCGGAUCCAGAAAGAGACGCCGACGCUGCAGCGGAAAGAGCCUCCUCCCGCUGUGUUGGAGGCCGACCUCACUGAGUUUGAUGUGGCCAAUUCGCACCUACCCUCCGAGGUGCUCUACAUGCUCAAGAAUGUCCGGGUGCUCGGCCACUUUGAGAAGCCUCUGUUCCUGGAGCUCUGUCGCCACAUGGUGUUCCAGCGGCUGAGCCAGGGUGACUAUGUGUUCCGGCCAGGCCAACCGGACGCCAGCAUCUAUGUGGUCCAGGAUGGGCAGCUGGAGCUCUGUCUCCCAGGCCCCGACGGGAAGGAGUGUGUGGUGAAGGAAGUCUUCCCUGGGGACAGUGUCAACAGCCUCCUGAGCAUCCUCGACGUCAUCACGGGGCACCAGCGUCCGUACAGGACGGUCUCCGCCCGGGCUGCCCGGGACUCCACCGUGUUACGGCUGCCAGUCGAAGCCUUCUCUGCUGUCUUUGCAAAGUACCCCGAGAGCCUGGUGCGAGUUGUGCAGAUCAUCAUGGUUCGACUGCAGCGAGUGACAUUCUUGGCUCUUCACAACUACCUGGGCCUGACCAAUGAGCUCUUCAGUCAUGAGAUGCAGCCCCUGCGUCUGUUCCCGAGCCCUGGCCUCCCGACCCGAACCAGCCCCGUUAGGGGUCCCAAACGUGUCAUCGGUGCCUCUACCACUGAAGAACCCCGGGAUCCUCUUGCCCGGCCCCUGGACCCUACCGGAGCCCCCCUUCCUGGCCCCCCAGGGGAUCCUGUGAAGCCCCCGGCCUCUCUGGAGCCCCCUCCUGCCCCCCUGCUGAGUAGGUGUAUCUCCAUGCCUGUGGACAUCUCUGGGCUGCAGCAGGGUCCGCGUUCUGACUUUGACAUGGCCUAUGAGCGAGGCCGGAUUUCUGUGUCCCUUCAGGAGGAGAAUUCAGGGAGCCCACUACCCAACAUGCCCCGGUCGAUGUCUCAGGAGCCUCGGGAACAGCCAGCGGGGGCCUGUGAGUACAGCUUUUGUGAAGAUGAGUCAGCCGGGGGUGACUGCCCCUUCGGGCCGUACCAAGGCCGUCAGACCAGUAGCAUCAUUGAGGCGGCCAAGCGGGAGCUGGUGAAGCUGAUGAAGAUUGAGGACCCCACACUGCUGAACAGCCGAGUGCUGCUGCAUCAUGCCAAGGCUGGCACGGUCAUCGCCCGCCAGGGUGACCAGGAUGCGAGCCUGCAUUUUGUGCUCUGGGGCUGUUUGCACGUGUACCAGCGCAUGAUUGACAAGGCAGAGGACGUCUGUCUGUUUGUAGCCCAGCCUGGAGAGCUGGUGGGUCAGCUAGCCGUGCUGACGGGGGAGCCGCUCAUCUUCACCCUGCGGGCGCAGCGGGACUGCACUUUCCUGCGUAUUUCCAAGUCGGGCUUCUAUGAGAUCAUGCGGGAGCAGCCGAGCGUGGUCCUGAGCGCUGCCCACACCGUGGCUGCCCGCAUGUCACCGUUUGUACGCCAGAUGGAUUUUGCAAUUGACUGGACGUCUGUGGAGGCUGGACGCGCCCUCUAUAGACAGGGUGACCGCUCAGACUGUACCUACAUUGUACUCAAUGGGCGCCUGCGCUCUGUCAUCCAGAGGGGCAGUGGCAAGAAGGAAUUGGUCGGGGAAUACGGCCGUGGGGAUCUUAUCGGGGUGGUGGAGGCACUGACCCGGCAGCCCCGGGCCACAACAGUGCAUGCAGUGCGGGACACAGAGCUUGCCAAGUUGCCCGAGGGGACCCUGAGCCACAUUAAGAGGAGGUACCCACAGGUUGUGACCCGGCUGAUCCACCUGCUGAGCCAGAAGAUCCUGGGGAAUCUACAGCAGCUGCAGGGACCUUUCCCAGGUUCAGGGCUUGGUGUGCCGCCUCCUUCGGAACUUACCAACCCAGCCAGUAACCUGGCCACAGUAGCUGUCCUGCCUGUGUGUGCAGAGGUGCCCAUGGUAGCCUUCACCCUGGAGUUGCAACAUGCUCUGAGAGCCAUUGGCCCAACUCUGCUCCUCAACAGCGACAUCAUCCGGGCGCGGCUUGGGGCUUCAGCUCUGGACAGCAUCCAGGAGUUCCGGCUGUCUGGUUGGCUGGCCCAGCAAGAGGACACACACCGCAUUGUGCUCUACCAGACAGACGGCUCGCUCACCCCCUGGACCGUGCGCUGCCUGCGCCAGGCUGACUGCAUCCUCAUCGUGGGCCUGGGUGACCAGGAGCCCACACUUGGCCAGCUGGAGCAGAGGCUGGAGAGCACGGCCGUGCGGGCCCUGAAGCAGCUGGUCCUGCUGCACCGCGAGGAGGGCCCGGGGCCUGCCCGCACAGUCGAGUGGCUCAACAUGCGCAGCUGGUGCUCAGGCCACCUGCACCUGCGCUGCCCACGCCGGCUCUUCUCCCGUCGCAGUCCUGCCAAGCUGCGAGAGCUCUACGAGAAGGUCUUCUCUCGCCGUGCUGACCGCCACAGUGACUUCUCCCGCUUGGCCCGUGUGCUGACGGGAAACACCAUUGCCCUUGUCUUGGGAGGGGGUGGGGCCAGGGGCUGCUCCCAUAUCGGGGUGCUGAAGGCUUUGGAGGAGGCUGGUGUGCCCGUGGACAUGGUGGGUGGCACGUCCAUUGGCUCCUUCAUUGGGGCCCUUUAUGCAGAAGAACGCAGUGCGAGUCGUACUAAGCAGCGUGCUCGGGAAUGGGCCAAGAGCAUGACGUCAGUGUUUGAGCCGGUGCUGGACCUCACGUACCCUGUUACCUCCAUGUUCUCAGGCUCUGCCUUCAACCGAAGUGUCCACCGGGUUUUCCAGGACAGGCAGAUUGAGGAUCUGUGGCUGCCUUACUUCAAUGUGACCACAGAUAUCACUGCCUCGGCCAUGCGUGUGCACAAGGACGGGUCUCUCUGGCGGUAUGUCCGGGCGAGCAUGACGCUCUCGGGCUACCUGCCCCCCCUCUGUGACCCGAAGGAUGGCCACCUGCUCAUGGACGGCGGCUACAUCAACAACCUGCCAGCUGAUAUUGCCCGGAACAUGGGGGCAAAGACAGUGAUAGCCAUCGACGUAGGCAGUCAGGAUGAAACUGACCUGAGCAACUACGGGGACAGUCUGUCGGGUUGGUGGCUUCUCUGGAAACGUCUCAACCCCUGGGCUGAGAAGGUCAAGGUGCCGGACAUGGCAGAGAUCCAGUCCCGCCUGGCCUAUGUGUCUUGUGUGAGGCAGCUGGAGGUCGUGAAAUCAAGUUCCUACUGUGAGUAUCUGCGCCCACCCAUAGACUGCUUCAAAACCAUGGACUUCGGCAAGUUUGACCAGAUCUAUGACGUGGGUUAUCAACAUGGAAAGGUGGUGUUUGGGGGCUGGAGCCGUGGGGACAUCAUUGAGAAGAUGUUGAGGGACAGGCGUUCUGCUGACCUUAAUGAGAGUCGACGUACCACUGAUGUGCUGACCUGUCCCAGUGCAGGCUUUACUGACUUAGCAGAGAUCGUGUCCCGGAUUGAGCCAACCAAAAGCUAUGUGUCUGACAGCUAUGCUGAUGGAGAGGAAUCAGAUUGUCUGACAGAGUAUGAAGAGGAUGGUGGUCCUGAUGGAGCCCGAGAUGAAGGGGGCUCCCCUGGAGGGGGGACACCCAGCAGCACCUUUGAGACUGAUGAGGAGAAGAGUCUGAGGCACCGGAGAGGCCGCCCCCAGGACCCCCCUGGUUCUACUGCGGAGGCCUGAGCCCUCUCCAGAGGGGGUCCCAUCCUCCUGUCUUGGGAGUGACUCCAGGGCCAAUCGGGCCGCAGCUGAGGGAAAGCUGUAGCCCAGGGUGGGGAUGGGGCCCCCAAGCACCAGCCCUGCCCCUCCACUCCUCGGCACUUGCACUGGACCUGGCACUGGACUGAGCUGCCUUGGGGUGGGGGGUGACUGCACUGAAUUGACCCCCCAUUCCCCCCACCCCCCAAAUAAAUGCUUCUGGCUUCCUCUA